CCUAUCAGUUGAGGUUAUAGGUAGUUUGCAAAUUGUCAACAAAUAAACAUUUUUUUGAAGAAUCAUCCAAUCGGACCCGGUGACGGAAGUUUUCACAAAUACGACUUUGAACCAUAUCAAAUUGAUAUGAUCUCGCUAAUACGACCAACUGACCUAAGCGGCUACAAGGCCCUCAUCCCCAGCAUUGGAGUCGGGAAUGUCGCCCAGUUAGCCGUGGAUUUAAUAAUCGCAACCCUCAAACUGGAGCGGAUCGGAACCGGAUGGCAUUCUGCACUAAUGCCGGUAUUCGGACCACCAGCCUAUCAUCACGACAACGUAAAUAAAACCACAUCCUUGGAAGUGUACGCGAACCAAGAACUGAAACUUGUCGUGUUCCAAAUUCGAUCGCCACUGGUUGCUUCACUUGUUGAUCGAUUCCAUCAGGACCUGCUCGAAUUCCUCGCCGCAAACAAAUUCUCCGAAGUCAUCAUUCUGACCAGCAGUCAUGCGUACGAGAAACAUUCCGUUGAGACCUCACCAUUUGAGUACAUUGCCAACGAACAAUUCAAAAGCCUCCACAAGGACACCCUGGACAAGCAAAAUUGGCCCGAGUUCACCAACAAUGUCCUGCACGGUGGCGGUAAUGGGAAAAAGUUGCUGGCGUUAUGCACGGAGCGAGACAUUCCUGCGUUUUUGCUAUUCAAAUACGUUUCGGAGGGAGACAAUUCACCGGACGCAUCGCAGUUGCUGGGGGAAUUGAAUAAGUUGCACAAGUUGUUUGAGAGGGACGAAAAUGGACAGGUGAAAUUCACAACGCCUUUGUCGUGGAAUUUGUUGUUCGGGAAUGAACCGCCCGAGCUGAUAUUUUAGAGUGCGGCGGACUACAAUCAUUCAACUCAUGAGAGAUAAGCACUUUCGGUAUUUCCCAAUUUCGUACUGUCUGUCAUCAAUUUUUAAGGCUGUUAAGAGUUAUUCAUUGAUUUUUCUAUCUUGACCUGUCUCAUAAAAGUUUCUACGGAUAAGAAGUACUUUUGAUGUAUCCUUGAGAAUCAAUAAAUUUACCUCAGAAAGAA